AUGAAACAGUUAUUAGAUCGUUUCUCGGGAUGCUCUCGCCUGCUGGUUCACUCUUUACUCACAGGAGGAGUGAGCAGUGCUCAGAAAGUGUUCACCAAACUGAGAGCUGCUAAUUCUCACUCUCCACUGCUCUCCUUUCUGAACACUUUAUGUCAGGAUGAAGCCUGUCUGGAUGAGUACACUCAUGCUCUAACCACCAAGCCACUGGUCUGCCAGUUUCCUGCUGCUUUCAAGUGUGAUCUACUGUGUUUUCUGCACCUGCUUCAUCCCAGGCUACCACAGGAUAGUGUGCUGUCCCUACUCCACUGCCUUAGACAGGAAACAGAACAAAAUCCAUGGGCUUCUGUCUUAAUCAGUCAGCUUCGAAAAGACCUAGAGGAUGUGGACUUGAAGGAAGUCACACUCCUUACGCCAAAAUGUGUAUUGCAUUUAGAAGGUCUUUGUGAUCGCUUCAAAGACCGUCAAGAUAGUGGCGGUUGGGAUCUCUGUCUAAAUGAACAUGAGACUGCUAAACUGUUUACUGAUGGUGAACGGGAUUCAUUUCAGAAAAAGAGAAAGAAUGAGAACUCAGAUCAUCAUUUGAAUGCAGAGACUGAUGGGCCACAAAGUAAAAGGAGAAAGACUGAACUUGUAGAUCAGGAUGAGACUGAACUUGUAGAUCAGGAUGAAACUGAAGGUGAAGAGGUUGCUGUGGAUCAGGAGGAAUCUGAUGUUGUAACAUUGCAGACUGAUAAAGAGCAGGAGGGAAUUUCUCCAGGAUCACAGCUUGUGUCACAGAAAAGUUCCAUGAGUAUCUUGCCAGACCACAUAAAGACAGCUGUUCAUUUGAUAAAAGAAUUAUUGGAGUCUGGAACAGAGUGGGAUGAGAGCUGGACUCCUUCACUCAAAGUGCUGAACGAAUGCGAUUUAAAUCAGCUGGAGGUACUGUGUGCAGUGCUGUGUUUAACAGAAGCACCUGAGCAGAGUUUACCACAUUUCUGUAGCGGCCUGUUGGCUUUGUCUCCAGAUCUCAGCUACAGCACGGCCUGCGUCAUUAUCAAACAUCUUCUACUAGGAAAGGUUCUCUCUCUCACUGAGCCUGCCUCUCGCUGUCUGGUCACUGCUGUAACCUCUCUCUGCAAUCGUUACCCAAGGCCAACCUGUCAAGCACUAAUAGAGCCGAUUAUAAAGGAAGGACACACAGGAAGUGCUCAGGCUGAACUGCUGUGUCGGUUGAUAAAGGACUGCCUUGAACCACAUCACAGGCUGCUGGUGUUUCAACUGACACUUGUGGGGUCGUGGAAUGAAGGUUUGCUGUCUGUCAUUCACGACUUGCUGGAUUUAAAGAUUGAGUUGAGUGAUGAGGAUUUCAUGCUCUUUACUAACCAACUGAGCAGUCAGUCUCCACUCUUCACCAAGUCAAUGAAAUUUUCCAAGAUGCUACUCACUGUCCUGACCAAGUUCCAGUCUUAUGUGAAUGCAGUAUGCCAGCAUACCCUUUCCUGCUGUAUCUCUUUCAAUGAGACCUUCCUGAAGAAAUCUCUGCAAGUUGCUCUUAAGCGAAUUUCUCAUUAAUGUUAUGUAGUUUUGUUUAAAAAAACCUUUAUAAAUAUGCUUAUAAAAGUAUAAUAAAAUUGUAAAUAUAUUAACAUGUUGCUGUACCUUAGCA